AUGAGAAUUGUCGUCCAACGAGUCAAGUCUGCGUCCGUGACGGUCGAAGAGAAAAAGGUAUCCACCAUUGGCAAUGGAAUCAUGGCAUUGGUAGGAAUUCAUGAAAAUGACGCUCAAGCUGACUUGGACUAUUGCUGUAAACGAUUAUUGGGGUGCAAGCUAUGGGAAAAUGACAAUGGCGCGCUGUGGCGACAAGGUGUCAAACAAAAGGGAUACCAAGUAUUGUGUGUCAGCCAAUUCACACUCUACGGGACACUCACCAAAAAGAACCAGCCCGACUACAAGAGAGCCAUGAAAGCCGUGCCGGCACAAGAACUAUACAAUACAUUUUUGAACAUGUUGCGAGAAAACUACCAAGCCGACAAGAUUGCCGAUGGUGUCUUUGGAGCCAUGAUGGACGUGGAGCUCAUCAAUGAUGGACCCGUCACUAUUGUUAUUGAAAGUGAACCAGCAGCGCCACCAGAGGGUACUAAUACAGCACAAGCAGCAGGAGAGGAAUGA